CCAGACUGUAGGUGGCAGUAAUGCGAAAUUACGCCAGUAUGCUAACUGUCAGCUAGUUUAAAAGAAGAUAAUCCAUGAUGGCGCGGCAAUGAAAGGUAGAAAUAUUCGUUCAGUUAGAAUCUGGAUGAAACUAGACCUCCUUACUUAUAUGAUCUGACGGCUGAGGACAACACGACAAGAUGCAGUCAUGAAACGGGUCCGGGCCGAGCAGAUCCAGUACGCUGUGGCUCAGUACCUGAAGAGGAGACAGUAUGUGGAUACUGACAGCUCCCUGAAAGGAGCCAAACUCUUCCAGUCCACAGAAGAGCUGGCUGCUGGUCUGACUGUGCAGACGGAGUCAGGCUGUGCCAACAUCGUCUCUGCUGCUCCCUGCCAGCCCGACCCGCAGCAGUAUGAGGUCCAGUUCUCCAGGCUCCGCUGCUUUCUCUCAGAAACAGAAAUCUCUUAUGCCCAGGAGGUCAGCUGCCUCCUCUACCCGCUCUAUGUUUAUCUCCACCUUGACAUGGUGCACUGCGGCCUGAAGGGGGCAGUGGACAGCUUCUACGUCCGUUUUCACGACGCCUUUCUUCACGACGGGGAGCAGCGGUCGGUGGUGGAGCAGCUCCGCCACGUCGUCACGGCGCAGGACGUCGCCGCCAAUCCCAAGCUGAGGUCUUUCCUGGAGCAUAAGUAUGUGGUUCACCUGACGGAGCCGGCUCACAGCUACCUGCUGCGCUACCUGCAGAGCGACGACAACAGCGCCAUCUGUAGGGCACUCAGCACACACCUGCAGGUGGAGGUCACCGCUUCCAGGCGAACCGAGUACCAGCUGUACGGAGCCGCCACUGGCUCCAUGUCGGGCGUGGGCGGAGCCGAGUGCGCCGCCGAGGCGUUGGAGGUUCCUGCCGGGAUCCCGCAGAACGAGGUGGCGCUUCUGGCGCUGCAGGACUGCAUCAAGAAAGUCCGCGAAGGCCCGCCGUCGCUCACCACCAUCUGCUUCUACGCCUUCCACCACACGGAGCAGAUGCUGAAUGCGGCGGAGGUUUCGCCCGACAGCCGGCUGUUGGCGGCCGGGUUCGACAGCUCCGCUGUGAAGCUGUGGAGCCUCCGGGCCAGGAAGCUGAAGGCCAAACCGCACCAGGCCGACGUGUCGUACAUCCACCUGGCGUGCGACGUGCAAGAGGAGGAGGUGGACGAGGAGGACGGCUGCGGCAGCGAGGUGAAGAUGCUGCGCGGCCACAGCGGUCCCGUCUAUCGCACCGCGUUCCUGACCGACAGCUCCGGCCUGCUGUCCUGCUCUGAGGACUCGACCAUCCGCUACUGGGACCUGGGCAGCUUCACCAACACGGUGCUGUACCAGGGCCACGGCUACCCGGUGUGGGACCUGGACGUCAGCCCUUGCAGCCUUUACUUUGCCAGCGGCUCCCACGACCGCACCGCCCGCCUCUGGACCUUCUCGCGCUCCUACCCGCUGCGGCUCUACGUCGGCCACCUGUCCGACGUCGACUGCGUCAAGUUCCACCCCAACUCCAACUACCUGGCCACCGGCUCCACGGACAAAACGGUGCGGCUGUGGAGCACCCAGCAGGGCCAGUCGGUGCGGCUCUUCACGGGCCACCGCGGAGCCGUACUGGCGCUCGCCUUCUCGCCGAAUGGGAAGUACCUGGCGUCAGCCGGCGAGGACCAGCGGGUGAAGCUGUGGGACCUGGCGGCGGGGACGCUGUUCAAAGAGCUGCGCGGCCACGCGGACAGCAUCACCAGCCUGUCCUUCAGCCCGGACAGCAGCCUGGUGGCGUCCUCCUCCAUAGACAACUCCGUCCGCGUCUGGGACAUCCGCAGCUCACACAGCGGGGCGCCGGCCGCCGACGGCUCGUCCAGCGAGCUGGUGGGUCAGUACGUGGGAAACACCAGCAACGUCCUGAACGUCCAGUUCAUGGCCUGCAACCUGCUGCUGGUCACAGGAACGGCGCUGGAGAAAACCGAACCGUAGCAACAAACGACUCGGCUCCGAUUUCACUUCCACAAAGUUUCAUUCAUGUUGAUGUGCUGCUGGAACAUCGUGGAAGCAUGUUUAUAAUGUAAAUAAUGAGAAUACAAACAGUUACAUUUUGAGAAUAAAGUCGUAAUACGAGUCUAAAAACCGUAAUAUUUAGAGAAAAAAGUUGACUUUAUUCUCAAUACUAUGACGUUAUUGUGGUAAUAUUUCAACUUUAUUCUUGUAAUACUACAACUUCUCAUGUAAUUUUGACUUUAGUCUUGUUUUAUUUAAGCUGUAUUCUCAUAAUUUAAUUCUACUUUCUGAAUGUGGCUCUAAUACUCGUUUUUCAUGGUAUCAUAAGAAAGCACAAAAACAAUCAGCAAUAAAAAAAGGGUUUUCUGUUUCUUACAAACUUGUGAAACCUGAUUGUUGAUGUAUUCUUUAACGUACUGUAGAUGAAGUACAAAUACUUGGCAGUUUCUGGGCAUUUUUCACUUUGUUCCAUAUGAAUCUGGAUGCGUGGCGCAAUUAAAAGGGGAAAAAUGUGUUUUGUUUUUUUUUUUCUAUGGACAAAAACAACGUUAUUGAUAACUUGCUUAUUGAUGCAGUUGGAAUAAACUUGUAAGUUUCAGCA